CCCUCAGCCUUGAUCUACCGUCAUAUGACGUAUGACGCACUAAAAGAAAUUGAUUCAAUUGAAUCGCGUAAUAUUAUUGCGCUAGGCGUAUCCGCUAACGCUUAGUAUUUAAGUGUAAUCCGCCAAAAAGCGUUGUGUUAGCAUUGUAAUAUCAGUUUCUGGAUUUGCCGCCGCAAAUAACACCGAAUAUAAAAUGGCUGCUCCAAUCUACAAUCCCGUAAUACCAUGCGUGCACCCCAUCCCCGCGGGCAUGUACCCCGGCCGCAUGAUCAGGAUCCAGGGCAACACUCCUCCCGGCGCACAGAGGUUCGCGAUCAACUUCCAGUGCGGCCCCAACACGGACCCUCGCGACGACAUCGCCCUGCACCUGAACUUCCGCUUCGUGGAGAUGUGCGUGGUGCGCAACCACCUGACCGCCAUGAACUGGGGGGUCGAGGAGACCAACGGGGGCAUGCCGCUCAGCAGGGGAGACUCCUUCGAGGCUCUUAUUCUUUGCGAACCGCAGUCUUUGAAGGUGGCAGUGAACGGAGUCCACUUCUGCGAGUUCCCGCACCGCAUCCCGUUCCAGAGGAUCUCGCACAUCACGGUGGACGGCGACGUCAUGAUCCAGCUGAUCGCCUUCGAAGGAGCGCAGCCCCCGCAGCAGAUGUACAUGUCUGGACCACCAGCGUACGGCGCGUACGGCGCCCCACCACCGGCAUACGGAGCCCCCGGCUACGGCGGAGCACCCCAAGGUCAAGUUGGACCCCAAGGGGCAAUGUACGGUGGCCAACCACAGCCGCAGGUAGUACAAGGCCAACAGCGGGGCGGUGUGGGCACGGGCGCGGCCGUGGGCAUGGGGGCUGCCGCCCUCGCCGCGGGGGGCAUCGCGGGGUACGCCAUGGGGGGUGGGUUCAACAGCCCUAGCACUCCACCAGCGGUGGAGACUGCCUCGUUUUCGGAAUCCAUCGACUUCGGAGGUGAUGACUGGAUGGAUUGAGGCAGACAGCUGUAGCGGCACUUGUUAGUGCCAUACUAGUGCCUGGCACUAAUGUGGCACUAACGGUACUUUGGGUAGGGCGACUGAGUGGCUGGUAGGUCGAUUAGAUUAGUGUUUAAGGGGGGAAACAGAUUUUUUGGAAAUUUAUGGAUAGGAGCCAUCUAUAAAUUACGUCACACAAAUUUCAUAAUAUUUGACCCUCUCCCCCGUCCUUGUCACAAUUGUGAGACCCCCCCUCCCUAGUGUGACGUCACAUUUUCUAAUUUUACAUCUAGAACUUUUCGAUAAUUAAUAGUUCCAAGUUCGUGUUUUAACAGUUUCAUUAUAAUAAUCGAAAUGUGACGUUAUUUUGAAGACUAUUAAAGACUCCUCCCGCCCCCUUGUCAUAUAAAGUCACACUUCGUCAAUCCCCCUACCCCCGUUAACGUGUGACGUAAUUAAUGGAUGUCCCCCAUAGUGUGUAUGAUAAACGCACCCACGACACAAGACACAAAAAAGCUUAUAAUAAUCUUUCGUCCACUAUUUAUUUACUUAUUUACUAGUUGACUCGGCAAACUUCGUACACAAAUCAUCUUUCGUUGACAAAUCGGUCCAUCCGUUCUCGAGUUUUAGCGAGACUAACGAACAGCAAUUGAUUUUUACAUAUAAGGCGUUCUAAAAGUAUCUGCCACGGCUUUAAUGGGAGGUAGUGUUGUGUUUGAAGAUUACAAUAGUGAAUAUAAAUUAUUGAUUAUGAGUAAUUUUUUU